UGCCAUGGGAAACAACAGUUCUCACAAGAGGACCAAAGUGUCCAAGCAGGCCUGCAAGGAGAGGCUGCCCAAUAUGGACAAGGCUGGGCAGAAACAGCAGUUCAGCCACCUCAAGCGAAAGAAGCCAAGCGCCAAGAUCGUGCUGCUUUUCCCCUUGGACAAGCGGCAGCAGCUAGCCGACGUGGCGGCGGGCCCCGGCGCGCGGCCUGGGCGGCCAGGUGAGGACGCGACGGGCGGCCCGGUGGGCUCCCCGGCGGCGGCGUCCAUGCUGCGAGGAGCGGGCGACGGCGCUGAUCGGCGCGAGGGCGCACGCGCGCGCGAGAUGAAGAUCUUGGGAGAGGAGGAAAACCAGACAGAGUAG